AUGGAUUCUUUGCAUCUUGAUAACAUAAUUAACCGUUUGCUCGAGGUUAAAGGGAGGCCAGGGAAGCAAGUGCAGCUCUCAGAGUCAGAGAUCAAGCAGCUUUGUUUGCAAUCUAAAGAAAUUUUCUUGCAACAGCCUAAUCUGCUUGAGCUUGAUGCACCCAUCAAGAUCUGUGGGGAUAUUCAUGGUCAGUAUUCUGAUCUUCUAAGACUUUUUGAUUAUGGUGGAUUACCUCCACAAUCGAGUUACUUAUUCCUGGGGGAUUAUGUGGAUCGAGGGAAGCAAAGUCUAGAAACCAUAUGCCUUCUGCUUGCGUAUAAGAUAAAGUAUCCUGAAAAUUUUUUUCUUCUAAGGGGCAACCAUGAAUGUGCAUCAGUAAAUCGCAUAUAUGGGUUUUAUGAUGAAUGCAAAAGAAGAUUUAAUGUUAGGGUUUGGAAAAUAUUUACAGAUUGUUUUAACUGCCUGCCUGUGGCAGCUCUUAUUGACGAAAAGAUAUUGUGCAUGCAUGGAGGACUUUCUCCUGAUCUGCACGAUUUGGAUCAAAUAAGAAAUCUACAACGUCCAACUGAUGUUCCAGAAACUGGGUUACUUUGUGAUCUAUUAUGGUCAGAUCCCAGUAAAGAUGUCAAAGGAUGGGGAAUGAAUGACAGGGGAGUGUCCUAUACAUUUGGCCCUGAUAAGGUGACGGAAUUUCUUCAGAAGCAUGAUCUUGAUCUUAUUUGCCGAGCCCACCAGGUAGUUGAAGAUGGAUAUGAGUUUUUUGCUGAUAGACAACUUGUCACCAUAUUUUCUGCCCCGAACUAUUGUGGAGAAUUUGACAAUGCUGGUGCAAUGAUGAGUGUGGAUGAGACUUUAAUGUGCUCUUUUCAAAUAUUAAAGCCGGCAGAAAAGAAACCAAGGUUUGGAUUUGGGAGCACAACUACAGCUAAGCCGGGAACCCCUCAAACAAAAACAAAGUCAUUCUUUGGCGCAAAAAUAGGAUGA